GUCACCAUAGGCUGUCACUUUCUGUUAUCAUGGGUUGUUUUACAGCUGUCAAAAUGCAAUAAUGGGGAUGUUUAGCGACUGUAAAGUAUUGUUUUUGGACGUUUUUAACACAAACGUGAUGGAUUAGCAAAUAAAAUAUGGGUGCGAAUAUUUCCCAGCUGGAACGAGAUAUAGGCUCUGAACAAUUUCCUUCAAAUGAACAUUACUUCGGUUUAGUGAAUUUUGGUAACACUUGUUAUAGCAACUCUGUCCUGCAGGCUCUAUAUUUUUGUAAGCCCUUUAGAGAUAGAGUAUUAGAGUAUAAAGCAAAGAAUAAGAGGACGAAAGAAACUUUGCUUACAUGCCUUGCAGAUCUGUUUCACAGUAUUGCCACACAAAAAAAGAAAGUAGGCUCUAUUGCACCAAAAAAAUUUAUAGCAAGGCUACGAAAAGAAAAAGAGGAAUUUGAUAAUUACAUGCAGCAAGAUGCACAUGAGUUUUUAAAUUUUUUAAUUAAUCACAUUAGCGAAAUUAUUUUGGCCGAAAGACAACAAAACUCAACCACAAAUAACGUUAAAUCAAAAGGGGCAGGGGAGAAUGGCACAGCACAUGCACCUCCUGAACCAACAUGGGUACAUGAAAUUUUUCAGGGUAUAUUGACAAGUGAAACUAGGUGUUUGAACUGUGAAAAUGUGAGCAGCAAAGAUGAAGACUUUUUUGAUUUACAAGUGGACAUCGAACAGAACACUAGUAUAACUCAUUGUUUGAGGUGUUUUAGUAAUACAGAGACUCUGUGUAGCGAUAAUAAAUUUAAGUGUGAUAACUGCAGUAGUUACCAGGAAGCACAGAAACGAAUGCGAGUGAAGAAACUUCCGAUGAUAUUAGCGCUGCACCUGAAAAGAUUCAAGUACAUGGAGCAGUACAACAGGCACAUCAAAGUUUCUCACCGUGUUGUGUUUCCUUUAGAACUGAGAUUAUUUAAUACGUCUGAUGAUGCAGUUAAUCCCGAUAGACUUUACGACUUAGUAGCUGUUGUGAUACACUGUGGAAGUGGGCCUAAUAGGGGCCAUUACAUCAGUAUAGUGAAGAGUCACGGUUUUUGGCUACUUUUCGACGACGACCAAGUUGAUAAAAUAGAUGCUUCAACAAUAGAAGAUUUUUACGGCCUCACGUCUGACACUCAGAAGUCCUCAGAAACCGGUUACAUACUUUUUUACCAGUCUCGAGAGAGCUUAUGAAUUCCGCUACUCCUUGCCUUAGUUAUUGAGAUGAUGUGAGGGAAGUACAAAACGACCUUUCUUUGAAUUGACGGGACGGGUAAAAAUUAAUCUGUGUACAUAAUUGAGCUGAUUUUUUGUUGGACAAACGUUUUUAUUUAUUGUGUAUAUUUUAUUUUCCGUACUUUUUUCACUUGAACGGGAAUUAUUUUUGUGAUGCAAAUAUUGUUUUUUAUACAAUAUAAAAAUGUGUAUUUACCCGUACUUGCAAGGGAAUAACGAGUGAAUCUUUGUUGUUUCACUGCAAUGGAAACAUCUGCUAUUUGCGACUGCACUUUACACUUUAAUGAAGUGCUCUAAAUAAGCUCUAUUAAAAAGAAAUGUCUCUACUGUAGUGGAUCAACAUGUAAAUAAAUGACUGUACAGUGAAUUUUACUUGUUUACUUAAAACACUUCUUUGUGGACCUCGUUUUUAUAAGCAAUAAGUAUAAAUUAAGAAAUUAAAAAAAUAUAUAUUUGUUUUCCCUGUCAGCAAACUAGGUAUUAUAUAAUUUAAACGACGUAAAUGAAAAUGUAAGAAUUAUAGAAUUUUCAAUUGUUAAAGUGAAAGAAACUCUGUAUGUUGUCUCUUUGGCUGUGUAUCAUAGAAUAACGACCUAAAAAAUAACUAAAGUUCAUAUAAAUCGUUAUUGUGAUACAAAGUGAAAGGCUGUAUCAUGUUUUGUAGUUUGCUAUUGGGAAGCAAGCACAAUCUUCAUGUUGUUUUAUAGCGUAAAGAAGUAAAAUUCAUUUCCUUUUUUUCAAAUUUUGUUAACAGAUAUACAGUUUUAAAAAAUAUUACGAAAAUUUAGACUACUAUGAAAGUGCUGCUAAGCAGAUUUUAUUUUUAUUCUGUAAAUAUUCGUUAGAUAUAAAUAUAUUGAAAGAAAA